AUGGAUCGUAAGUCCCACGGACACAUCCCGGCGAUCACGGGGGACAUAGAGUAUUCCGAUCCUUUUUUCACGAUGCCCCCGAUACUCGCAAACUAUAAAUCGGCCCUGUUAUCGUAUUCGUCCUCGUUGGUGUCCACGUCUGUGGGGUUCCCGCUGGACUCCAUGAAGACACGAAUGCAGACCCAUCAUUUUGCCAGUUCUCUCGAGUGUCUGCGAUCGACGUUGCAAACCGAAGGCGUUGGUGGCCUGUUUCGCGGGAUAUCUGCCCCGCUUAUCUCUACAGCAUUUGCUCGAUCUCUGGGAGUGUCCAUCUACACAGAGGCCAAGCCCAUUGUGUCUGUGCUGGGCGAGCCGGUCUGGGGAACACACCCAUUGGUCCACCGGGAGGUUGCUGUUUCUGUGGAGCAGCAACAGAUGGACCGGGUAAUCAACAACAUUCCUAUAGCCGUGGUCUCGGGGUCAAUUUCGGGGGCCUCGGUGUCGAUAUUUGCGUGUCCGUUCGAGUUCUGCAAGAUAUUCCAACAGAUCCUGCUAUUGGUGAACAACUCGGGCGAACAGGGCAAGGACGUCCAUCUGCAGCGCAACAAGCUACCGUCUGGAUUGCUCAACGUGGCACGCACCACGGUGCGCCAGGACGGCGUGCUGGGCCUCUACUCGGGCUACAGGUACCAUCUGGUGAAGGACGGCGUUUCUUCGGGGCUUUUUUACGGACUUUACGAAACAGUGAAACUAUUUAUCCAAACCAGGAACAACCAUCUGGUGCAGGAUCCGGGCUGGCACCGCACCAUUGAUCUGUUGAGCGUUCCGUUAUCGGGGGCCAUGGCCGGCUGUUUCAGCUGGAUCCUCGUUUUCCCUGUCGACACGCUCAAAUCUCAGUACCAAAGAGACGUGAUCCGGAAUAUCUUGCGUGUGGAAGCAGGCCGCGACAAGCUCGAUGUUGUGCCACCAAAAUUGCGCUGGCCCACCCGCGAGAUGUACAGAGGCCUGGCUCCGUCCAUCACACGGUCAAUCGCCACCACCAUGAUCUUUUUCUCGAUAUUCGAGUACCUGAUGAAGAAUAUCGUAUGA